AUUGCCACUGGUGUUAACAUUGAUUCUCGUAUCUUUCAUACUGCUGUACUUGGGAAAAAUACCACUGCUGUGAAUAAUGAAAAUCACGUUAUUUAUUUGUUUGAUACAAUGGCUUACAAAUGGGUUACAUCAUAUUCUCCAAAAAUGUCCAACAUUUUGCUGGAAGAUGAUUCAACAAACACAAGUAAAACAACCACAGGUGAUGCAGGUCCAGGUGUUCUUAGUAUGCCAGCACUUAUUGGUAUAGUCGUUGGUUCUGUCUUUUUUGGACUGGGUCUUUUGCUUCUCUUUUUCCUUUAUUAUCAACGUUAUAGAAGAAAAAUCAGUGGUAUGGACUUAAAUCCAAUAACCGUUACUGUGACAACUGAAAGUGCACCGGAUCAUACGUCAAACA